AUGGCAAACCGGGCAACGUCUGCGGCGGCGCGGGCGCUGCAGCUUGCAGCUUCCCGACCAAACUUGUUCUGCUCGAGACAAGGACUCAGAAAAGCCUGCAUGGCGACGGUAGCACCUCCGGUGACGCAGAAUUCUAUGAGCAAGAGAGGUCCGACUGCUAUGGUUUUUAUGAACAUGGGUGGUCCUUCCACGACAGACGAGGUCGGCGACUUUCUCAGCAGACUAUUUUCCGAUGGCGAUCUAAUACCGCUUGGUAGACUACAAAACUACCUGGGACCUUUAAUAUCGAGAAGAAGGACGCCGAAAAUACAGAAGCAGUAUGCAGAUAUUGGUGGCGGUUCCCCGAUACGCAAGUGGUCGGAGUACCAGUGCGAAGAGAUGUGCAAAAUCCUUGAUCAAAUAUCACCCGAGACAGCACCACAUAAGCCAUAUGUUGCAUUUCGAUAUGCAAACCCUCUGACCGAGCACAUGUACGAGCAAAUGCUCAAGGACGGAUUCGGUAAUGGGAAAGGUGGAAGAGCUGUUGCAUUCACACAAUAUCCACAAUAUUCCUGCUCCACGACCGGCAGCUCACUGAACGAGCUUUGGAAAUGGAGGAACCGUUUGGAAGGCAAGAGAGCGAGUGGUGACAUGCAUCCACCAGGUUCGAUAACCUGGAGUGUGAUUGACCGAUGGCCGACUCAUUCAGGAUUGGUGGAAGCCUUUGCGCAGAACAUCGAAGCACAAGUAAAGACGUACCCGGAAGAUAGGAGGAAAGACGUGGUGUUGUUGUUCUCCGCUCACAGCUUACCUAUGAGCGUGGUCAAUAGAGGCGACCCAUAUCCUGCUGAGGUAGCAGCUACAGUCUAUGCGGUUAUGUCCAGACUUGGGUUCUCUAACCCAUAUCGGUUGACUUGGCAGUCGCAAGUUGGCCCAUCCGCAUGGCUUGGAGCACAGACCAGCGACACGGUUCGAGAGUACGUCAAGCGAGGACAUACGGACCUCGUUUUGGUGCCAAUCGCCUUCACCAGCGACCACAUUGAAACACUAUACGAAAUCGACAAAGAAGUUAUGCACGAGGACGCUCAGGGACAUCCAGGCGUCAAGAGAGCCGAGAGUUUGAAUGGCAGCAAAGUGUUUAUCCAAGCUCUGGCUGAUAUCGCCAAAGCACACCUCGAAAGUGGACAAAGUUGCUCGAAGCAAAUGGGUUUGCGCUGUCAGGGUUGCACGAGCGAACGUUGCUUAGAAUCGAAAAAAUUCUUUGCUGGUGUGUGCCUGUAA